AUGGUGAGGGAGUUAGAAAUUGGGGAGAAAUACUGUAGGUACAGUAAUCAAAAUAAUAAAUUAUUGAUUUUCAGUCAAAAUUUCGUGGAUUUAAAGAGGAAGAUUAUCGCCCUUCUGUUUUGCCAUCGUGGAUUUCGUGGUGGCUUAUUUUUUCAGGUAAAAUUUAGAGCCUUGAAAUCUGGGUGGGAACAAGAAUUCUGCGAAUAGAUUUUUUUAAAAUCUUUGGAACUUCAGAUAUUCAGAAAAUUGGGUCGAAAUCCACCUAGUUGGAAUUCGCAAAAAAAUCCAUUUUUUUCUGGAAAUGAUCAUUGCUUUGACACGUCACAGUUCACGUUUUAUUGACACUUUUGACAAAUUUAAAUUUAUGAAAUUAAAAAAUCUUAAUUUUCGCCCUCUCAUUAAAAUCCCUUAAGGUGAAAUUUAUUUAGAAAUGUUCAUUUCUCCCGGUCACGUGAAAUUCUGAUAAAUAUAUAUUUAUCAAAAAUGCUUCAUUUCUUACCUACACGUGUGGUGUAGGCGGGGAGAGCGAUGCCUUCCAAUCAGGCAGCCCUCUUCAUUUUGUGGGUUCGAGCCCCACUCGGGAAAAAUUUUUCCCUAUAUCGAGUAAUGCAGAUUUUCGGAAAUUUUGUUCCUUUCUCCCCAAAAUUGCGAAAAUUCGACAUUCCAACGCGGCAAAAAAGAAAAAAGAAGAUGGAGAAGAAAAAGCUUAAUAAAAAGAGAAAAUCGAGAAAAUAUCAUGCGUGACCCAUGAAUGAAAAAGGCUGAUUCUUCAGAUGCUGUUGGCAUUGUUCAAGAAUUCCAAAUUCCUAACUGGCCAAGAAUGUUAUUCAAGUCUUCAAUACGAAAAAAAGAUUGAAUAAGUUUUUUUUUCAAAAAAUUGAUGGAUGACUUCAUCCAUGGCAAAAUUAGGAAGCCUUCCUAAUUUUGCCACGAAUCAUUUUUUGAUCAAAAAAUUUUAAAUUUUCUAUAAAUUUGAUUGUAAGUCAAUGUUUUGUGGACAAUAAUCACAGAAAAAAGUGAAACUGAAAUAAAUGAGAAGACUGUUACGCCUGGGGGCUAACAGCCCCUAGUCUGAAUUUUAGCUGAAUUGAUAUUUUCAAAAAUUACAGUUCACGCUUCAGAUUUCAACAAAAUCCCAAAUUUUCACGAUCUCUCAAAAUUCUCCCUUUUUUCCAGGCGUCGUUUGCACAAUUGAUGUUCUCUAUACAAUGAAUCGGCCAUAUACAAAUGAUCGUUCUCAACCAUUUCACUCAUUCGUUUUUGCCGGUUGGCAUCUUUACUCGAAUGUCGAUCGACAAUAUAGGGAAACUAAUAAUCUUGUCACAACAACAACUGGUCGUGUUAUGUUAUUGGAAUGUUUCUUGAAUUUUUUGGCUGUUGGAAUGGUGAGAGAAGGGGGAAAACGGUUUUAAUCUUUGAUCUAGCUUUCGACUUUUAAAAAAAUGAAAAAUUUUGCAAGACUUCCUGAUAUCCGAUAUUAAAUAUUUUACUGUUUAAGCUUACGCUUUAAGAAUUGUGAAACCAACUUUUGAUGUCUAGUAAAAAUUAUUAUUAUAUUCCAGGCAAAUGCUCGUUCCCGUCAUGCAAUUCUUCUCGCAUUCACUACAAAUUUGAUGGUUUGGUGGAAAACUGUAAUGUACUUCACAUUCUUUCUCAAUCCACCUGCCGGAACUGAAGAAUUGUUCAAUCAAAAUUAUUCGUAUUUCCAAAUGUUUAUGAUUUUUUGGGUGCCGAAUGGUUGGUUUUUUGUUUUGAUAUUUGAUAUUCAAAUUGUUUAUUUUGCGUUUGCGAAAUCGAUAUGUUUAUAAUCAGCCCGCUAUAAAAGGCGAACUCAAAGUGCAUAAAAACAGUAUUCUUCUGAUUCGAAUUCUCUAAAUUGUUAGUUUAUCUCUGGAAAGCUAUCGGAAUAAUUGACGAAAAAUCCGAGCUGCCUCGAGAUAGACUGAUGAUUCAUUUGAGAUCUCUUUCUAUUACCUUCUCAAAUCUAAUAUUCAUUCAGGAAUUUGGAUGGUUUUCCCAACAUUGAUCCUGAUUGUACUUUGGAAUCGUUUGGCCUUGCCACCAAAAUUGGAAGAACAGUUAGUUUUUCUGAGAAAUGUAUAAUAUGAGCAAUGUAUGUUUUCUUUCAGGUACUGGAAAAUCAACAAGAAAUGUCGUGGGGAGUUGACUUUCGAGGCUGAUGAUUGA